AUGGCAACCGCAGACAAGCCAUGGUGGAAAGAUGCCGUGGUGUAUCAGAUCUAUCCCGCAAGCUUCAAGGAUUCCAACAGUGAUGGCAUCGGCGAUAUACCUGGGAUCAUUCAAUCCCUUGACUACAUUCAAUCGAUUGGUGUAGAUGUGAUCUGGAUAUGCCCAAUGUAUGCGUCGCCACAAGUCGAUAUGGGCUAUGAUGUUUCCGACUACAAGUCUGUCUACCCGCCGUACGGCACGGUUCAAGACAUGGAGAUUUUGAUCAAGGAAGCACAUUCUCGAGGGCUUCGAAUCAUCCUGGAUCUGGUGAUCAAUCAUACUUCAGAUCAACAUGCUUGGUUCAAAGAGUCCAGGGCAUCGAAAGACAGUCCCAAACGAGAUUGGUACUUUUGGCAGCCAGCCAAAUACGAUGCGGACGGAACCCGUAAGCCUCCUAAUAAUUGGCGUUCGGCUUUCCAAGGUAGUGCUUGGUCCUGGGACGAGCAGACGCAGGAGUACUAUCUCCACCUCUUUGCACACGAGCAGCCUGAUCUGAAUUUCGAGAAUCCAGAACUGAGGAAAGUCGUGUACGAGGAGUCCAUGAUCUUCUGGCUCGACAAGGGCAUCGAUGGAUUUCGAAUCGACUGCGCAAACAUCAUGAGCAAGCCACCUGGAUUUCCUGACGCGCCCAUCACGGAUCCUGAAGCCGAGUACCAGGAGUUCGGACCUGUAGUCUGCAACGGUCCGCGGAUACUAGAGUACCAUUCAGAGAUCGGCGCUAUCUUGAAUCGAUAUGGUGCCAUGUCUGUCGGGGAAUGUCCCCAUACAAGCAAUAUUGAGCAAGUGAUGGAAUAUGUCGGUGCGAGUAAGAAACGUUUAAACAUGAUUUUCCAAUUUGAUGUCUGCGAAGUCGGAUGUGGCAAGCCCGAGAGGUUUGACAUCGAGCCUUUUGCGUACGAGCUUAUCGACCUUAAGCGUGCUAUCCUGUUGACGCAGUCAUUCUUGUCAGAGACGGAUGGCUGGACCACGACAUUCAUCGAAAACCACGACCUCGCGAGAAGCGUGUCUCGUUUCGGUGACGAUGGACGGGAAUGGCGAGAACGCUCGGCCAAACUCCUUGCAAUCCUGUUCGCAUCGUUGUCUGGCACACUCUUCGUGUACCAAGGCCAGGAAAUCGGGAUGAUCAACAUUCCCAAGGAUUGGCCGAUCGAGGAGUAUAAGGAUAUCGGGUCUAUCAACUAUUAUGAAACUGUGAGGAAGAGGAGCCACGACAAUCCUGAAGAUAUACGAAAGGCUCGAGAGUCUCUCCAGCACUUGGCGCGAGAACAUUCGAGGACGCCGAUGCAGUGGACUUCUGGUCGUAACGGCGGCUUCACAGGUGAUGAAGUCGUGCCUUGGAUGCGUGUCAAUACCUCCACUUCUGAAAUUAAUGUUGCAGAGCAGCUCAAGCGGGAAGAUUCUGUGCUUGUUUUCUGGAGGAGGAUGUUGCAGGUUCGGAGACAGUUGAACGAUGUUCUGGUUCAUGGGUAUUUUGAGCUUGUCGAUGAGGAUAAUAAACAGGUCUUCACAUUUCUCAAACGAGGGACUGGUAGAUCGGCGCUGGUUGUUUGCAACUUUUCUGGUUCAGAAGCUGCUCUGCCGGACUGUGCUCUGGAAACAGGCUGGAAGCUGCAGUUUGGUAAUGUCAGUGGAUCCUCAGGUGUGAGCCUUGGGCCUUGGGAAGGUAGAAUCUAUACCUCCGCUUGA